ACUCAUCACCGAGAGGUCCGAGACCUUGCAACAGCGGCAUCGUCGUCUGCAAAUCUCGAAGCGAAGAUGAAAAUUGUGGCGGCUUAUCUCCUGGUCGUCCUCGGCGGCAACCCCAACCCCUCCGCCGAUGAUAUCAGAUCCAUCCUUGAAUCAGUGGGAGCGGAGGCAGAGGAUAAGAGGAUCAACCACUUCCUCGCGGAAGUCAAGGGCAAGGACAUAACGGAAGUCAUCGCUGCCGGCCGGGAGAAGUUCGCUUCCGUGCCCUCCGGUGGCUCUGUGGCUGCCAUCGGGGUCGCCGCCCCUGGUAGCGGCGGCGCGGGCGGCGCCCCAGCUGCAGAGGAUCCUAAGAAGGAGGAGAAGGUGAAGGAGAAGGAGGAAUCCGAUGAGGUGAAACUCCCUGUCUUUCCCUCCCGCAAAUUUUCGUUUCCGACAUAAAUUUGUGGUUUUUUUUCUUUCUCGUUUCCAAUUUCUGUUUUUGGAAAACACAAGCUAUGGAGAUUGGUUUGAUUGCUAUUUGUUGUAAGUUUUGAAGGUAAUGGCAAUCUUUUUUAUUUUAUAUACUAGCAUAUCACUUAAACGGCUACAAGUAUGCCACUUUUUCCAAAUUUAAUAGCACAUGGUAAAGUCCUAUCUUGUGAUCAAGGUUCACAAAGCAUAUACAGAGGCAUAAAGUCAUGCAUAGAAAGACUGAAUAUUGUUAGUAAAGUGCAUAAACUCUCAAGUAUUUGGAUUAAUUAGAGUUGAAGAUGUAAGGGGUGGAGGGAAAAAGGAAAUCUUUGUUAGUAUUAAUGAUAAGUCGCCAUGAUGAUUACCAUUGUUAUUGCUAAAUUUGUUGAUCUCCUAUGUUUAACUCAUACCUCAAGUAUGU